GUCUUCUCUUCUUGUCAAUGGUCUUUUGAUACAUAAAAGGCAUAAAAUGAAGCCAGGAUAUUGAAGAUCAACAAGGAAGGCAGAUUUGGCAUUAAGAGGCAAGCCUCAUGACGUGGCUUUUCUUAUUUAAAACACACCCAGAGAACUGUAAAGGGAUAGUGGCCUGUGAUGACAUUUUGCAGUGUGCCAGCAUCCCUCCUUUACCAGCUUGAACAGGAACUGGAUACAGAUGAAAAGGAAACCAUGGUCUUCUUGUGCAGCGAUCUCAUGCCUGACGUACCUGUGCCUGAUACCCUACGACUCUUGACAGCUUUGAAUGAAAAGGAGAUGCUGACCACCAUCAACUUAUCUGAACUAUUAUACAGGCUGAAAAGGUUUGACUUGUUAAAGAAGUUCCUGGGGACUGGAAGAGCAGCUGUGGAAGCCAAUUUAGCCAAUCAUUCUCAGAUGUUGUCAAAAUACAGGGUGUUGAUGACUGAAAUCAAUGAAGAUCUGGACAAAGAAGACUUGAGAUCUCUCUCUUUCCUUCUGAAAAGUCAUCUUGGUACAUCGCACAAGGAGAAGAGUUUUCUGGCAAUUAUUACUGACCUGGAAAAGCUAGAUCUGAUAUCGCCCAUGCACCUGGAUUUAAUAGAAAAUUGCUUCCUGACCAUUCACAGGAAAGACUUGGCAAAAAAGAUUCAAAAGUACAAACUAGAAGCGCACUUUCCAACUAUGAAUGCAAACACUCUUCAGAUGUCCUUACCUAAGUUAUCUCUAGCUGACCCUCCAGAGCCCGUGAACAAGGAAAGAGUAAUUAACGGAGCCUGUGCUGUCCAGGCAGAACAGAUUCACAUAUCCAUUCCAGAAACAGAAGUACAGGGCUGUAACAAGUACAGAAUGCAAAGCAAACCUUUAGGAGUCUGCCUGAUUAUUGACUGCAUUGGCAAUGAUGCAGGUUUGUUGACGAAAACGUUUAAAUCACUACAUUUUGAAGUUCACUGUCGAUUGUUUCUGAAUAUGGAUGCAGUGAUGCGUGAUUUGUAUGAAGCAGCAAGGCUAAGAGCUCACAAAGAUGCAGAUUGUUUUGUUUGUGUGCUAAUCAGUCGAGGAAACCAUCAACAUAUAUUCUGCACAGACCAUGUUGUUCCAGGAUUUCAACUGGAAAGGCUGAAGGAUUUCUUUACUGGUGAGAAGUGCCCUGAUCUCUUAGGAAAACCAAAGCUCUUUUUUAUCCAAAACUAUGUUGAGCCCCAAAAUUGGCAAGGAAAUGCCAGCCUGACAGAGGCAGAUGGAGAUCUAUGCACAAUCCCACAAGUAGCAGACAUUUUCUGGAGCCACUGCACAUUGGAUGCCUCUGUAUUGGAGAGAUCCCCAUGCUCGUCAUCCUAUUAUCUCUCCACUUUGGCUGGCCUUCUGAUGGAUCCUCAGAAGAGAAAGCUGCCUCUGCUGGAUAUUUUUGUAGAGCUGAACAACAGAGUUUAUGAAUGGAAUAGGAUUAAUUCUACAGAACAGUACUUACUCUUAUUGAAGCACACCCUGAGGAAAAAACUUUUUCUGAUUGACAAGCUCCAAAGAAAACUUUUCUUCAUGGCUGACAACGACAAUGUGGCAUUUCACCAGCAGCUACUAUCAAUUGAUGAAAACUUAGGGAAGGACGAUGUAGAAGAUCUGAAAUUUCUCUGUUCUGAUUUCAUCACAUUAAAGAAGCUGGAAACAGUGAAAUCAGCCCAGGAUAUUUUCCUGUUUCUCAUCAAUGAGGACUUAAUUAAUAAGGAUGAUUAUUUUCUCAUAGCAGAGCUUCUCUACAUUAUUGGGUGUAACUUUCUGCUCCCAAAACUUGGUUAUACUAAACAGAUUGUUCAGGAAGAACUGUGUAAGAGAAGAAAGGUAUCUGGUUAUCGACAGUUGCUGUAUGAAAUAACACAAGACCUGACAAUGGAUAAUGUGAAGAAUGCUGCUUUUCUUCUGAAGGCCCACCUCCCAAAGAAGCAACCCAUUAUGUCAGCUUUGGAGCUGCUGACUUCCCUGGAGAAGAAAGACCUUCUAAUGGAGUCUGACCUGAGUAAUCUUGAAUAUAUCUGCAAGAAAACAGCACCUCAUCUCCUGAAGAAAGUAGAGAUGUACAAACAAGCAAAAGUGCCUCAUCAAGGAAUCAAAGAAACUGUUCCCUCUUCUAUUUGUGCCUUUAACAAACCAACUUUUGGAAGCACUUCACUCGAGGAGCUUGUACUGCCAAAGAAUCAUGAACACCUUUACGAUGAACAGUUUGGGAGCCUACAAGAGCUUACUGGAAAUGUUUGUUCUUUGGCUGCAAAUCUAGAUGUCAAGGCAGAACCUGUGUUUGAUUCCUUGAGACAGGGGUUACAACAAACGGUCAGGGAGAAUGAUACGAAUGCUGAAGCAGUGAUGUUAUCUCAGUAUAAAAUGGAUGGGCAGUGCAGAGGAUAUUGUCUUAUCAUUAACAAUGUCAAUUUUGAAGGUGAUCUCAAAAAAAGGAAUGGAUCUGAGAAAGAUGCCAUGGAGCUGAAACGUGUGUUCACCUGGCUUGGAUUCAAAGUGAAAAAGUAUGAUGACAAGACUUCCACAGAAAUUGAAGCACUUUUGGAGUUUUGGCAGUCUUCUAAAGAUUGGAAAGACAGUGACUGUCUGGUAUGCUGUAUUCUAUCUCAUGGAAAAUCUGGGAAAAUUUUUGGGACAGAUGAAUGUCUGAUUCCAAUCCGUACCAUCACGUCAUACUUCAAAGCCAACCGCUGCCCAUUGUUGGCUCAGAAACCUAAGCUCUUCUUCAUCCAGGCCUGUCAAGGUGAAAAGACACAGCAGCCAGUCUUCCUCCAAGAAGACACCGGCCAUGCUGCCUCACUUGAACCAGAUGCUCAAAGUUCAGGAUUUGUUUCUUCCCAGCAGCUGACCUCAAGUAUUCCAGAUGAAGCAGAUUUCCUGCUUGGCAUGGCCACUGUAGAUGGUUAUCUCUCUUUCCGGCAUGUACAAGAAGGCACUUGGUACAUUCAGGCUCUUUGCAGUAAGUUGCAGCUCCUGGUGCCAAGAGGUGAAGAUCUAUUAUCCAUUCUUACAGAAGUCAAUGAAGAAGUGAGCAAACGUGCAGAUGCUCAACGCGAAAGGAAACAAAUGCCCCAACCAGCUUAUACUCUCAGGAAAAAAUUGAUCUUUCCUGUGCCUAACAAACCUUUUGUAGCAUCAGAGCAGAGUUCAGACAGGCAAUAAUUUAGAUUGCUGAGGACAUAGAGACAAAAGAGGGGCUCCAUUACAUCUUAACGAUUUUUGCACUUUGAAUCCUGUCCAUCUGGAACUGUGUCCAACCUGCACCUUGGAUACCAUGGGAGAAACAUGGGAGACACUGGAUUUUCAUCAGCAAUAAAUGCCUUAUUCUAUCUCACUGAAAUUGUUUGGACAUUUGGCUACCUAAGCUAAAAGAAAAUGCUACUUUAUUUCUAAUAAAACUGAUCUUAAAAUCA